GUGGCUGUGGCACCGCCGUCGCUGUUCGGCUGCGUAACUCUCCCCGGCGCGGAGCGCGGCCCUUCCCUUCCCCUCAGGCCCAGCGGCGGUGAUGGGUUCCCGGGCGUCCACGCUGCUGCGGGAUGAGGAGAUCGAGGAGAUCAAGAAGGAGACGGGCUUCUCCCACAGUCAAAUCACCCGCUUGUACAGUCGCUUCACCAGCCUAGACAAAGGAGAAAAUGGCACUCUUAGCCGUGAAGACUUCCAGCGGAUUCCAGAGCUUGCCAUCAAUCCAUUGGGAGACAGAAUUAUCAAUGCCUUCUUUCCAGAAGGAGAGGACCAGGUGAAUUUCCGUGGAUUCAUGAGGACACUAGCCCACUUCCGACCCAUAGAAGAUAACGAAAAAAGCAAAGACCAGAAUGGACCAGAACCACUGAACAGCCGAAGUAACAAGCUCCACUUUGCUUUUCGGUUAUAUGAUCUAGAUAAAGAUGACAAGAUUUCCAGGGAUGAGCUUCUUCAGGUAUUACGGAUGAUGGUUGGUGUAAACAUUUCAGAUGAGCAGCUGGGCAGCAUUGCUGACAGGACAAUCCAGGAAGCUGAUCAAGAUGGGGAUAGUGCCAUUUCCUUUGCAGAGUUUGUAAAGGUUUUGGAGAAGGUUGAUGUAGAGCAGAAAAUGAGCAUUCGAUUUCUUCACUGAUGGAUGGAGAACCUAUUCCUUUCUACCCCUACUGUAUAAUGAAUAGAACUUCAUUUUCUCCUUUGCACCUUCCCCCAGAGCAUUGCUACUGGUGCAUAUACAAUACAUCUCCAAACCCUC